GCUUGUAUUCUCAGCAAUUUCUGCCAAAAUGGCUGCUUCAGCAGGGGGUGCAGGAGCGAGAGCCGUGAACGGCGAGGGCCUAAAGAGUGGGCAGAAGGCCACGAGCGUCUCCGUGGACGACUCGGAGACGUGGGUGGAGGCCAAGCGCUACACGGUGUACAAGGUGGUGGUUCGGAAAGCCGACAAGGCCUACUUUGUAUUCAGGAGGUACAAUGAGUUCCACGAACUCCACGAAAAGCUCAAGAAAAGGUUCCCAGAGAAUGGGCUCAAGUUGCCAGGGAAACGGAUCCUCGGCAACAACUUUGACCCCGACUUCAUCAGACAGCGAAAGACAGGUCUCCACGACUUCAUCGGGAGAGUCAUGAAGAUUCCUGGAGCUCUAGAUUUCCCUCCAGUGAGGGAGUUCCUGUCAUUAGACGACACACGAGCUGCCCUCCCUAUCUAUGACCAGGAGCCGAUUGACGAACCGGUGGAGCCCUGGGCCGGGGGAGGAGCCGGCGAGGGUCACAUGGACUUGGGAGACACGGAGAAAGAGACUGCCAUAAUCACCGACUUCAACCUCCUCAAGGUCAUCGGGAAAGGCAGCUUUGGAAAGGUGAGCUCCGCAGCCUUGGACACCAUGAAGAAUUUGAUUGAAUCGUCAAGUUUAAUGUAG